GUGGCCUGGAGGAGAGACCCCGCCCCCAGCAGCAGCAGCAGAGUCCCAGGCUGAAGAAGAAGCAGGCGCUGCUCUUCCUCCCUCCUCCUCCUCCUUGGCUCUUGAUGGAUGGAGAAUAGGGCUCCACAGUCACCUACAGACCCACCGCCAAGACACUACACUUGGAGGACCAUCAUCCUCGGGCUACGAGGGAUCGCCUAAGUAAGUAAUAUUGUGUAGCCCUUGCUUCAUGGCAUAAAAAAAGGAAAAGGUUCUUCAACCGAGAUGGAAGCUGUUUCGGAGUCCAGACUGAAGAUGGAGGAGCCAAGUCCACCCAGCCCCGAAGAAGGAAGAGAGCCCAAUAAAAUGUGGGACAGAAGAAGUGUUGUAUCCUGGGGGAGAAUAGGGCAGGAUGCGUUAGAUGAGAAGGAGUUCAGUGCAGACCUUCAAUGCCAGCGCUUCCGGCAUUUCCGCUUCCAGGAGGCUGAUGGGCCCCGAGAGGUUUGCAGCCGCCUCCACUCUCUCUGCCGCCUGUGGCUGAAGCCCCAGCGACACUCCAAGGUGGAGAUGCUGGACCUGGUGAUCCUGGAGCAGUUCCUGGCCAUCCUUCCUGCGGAGAUGGAGUGCUGGGUGAGGGAAUGUGGGGCAGAGACCAGCUCCCAGGCCGUGGCCUUGGCUGAAGGCUUCCUCCUGAGUCGGGCCCAAGAGGAGAAGGCCCUGCAGGAAGAGCAACAGGAGAGAGACGUCCUUCAGGCCCAGGAGGCCACAUUGGAUACCAGCAAGAUGUUCUCUUCUGGGUGGAUUGAACUAGAAGACAACACAGGAGAGUCUCUACCGGGAGACGAGUCAAGGGUGCUGGAAAGACGUGGCAGCUCCACUCAUUCUGAUGCAGGAGAAGUGGCAUCCAUUCUGCAAGAUAAGGUGAUAUUUGAGGAUGUGGCUGUACAUUUCAGUGCGAAGGAGUGGGCCUUACUGGAUCCCGAUCAACAGGCCCUGCAUGGGGAGGUCGUAGAAGAAAAUUAUAGGAUGGUGGCUUCUCUGGGUGAUGAUGGACAAGGGAGUGACAAUGGGGGAGCUCCAGAUAAAAUGUGGCUGAAAACAGCAAGAAGUCAAAAGGAAGAAGAAGGAAGCAUGAGGAUGGAAACAGAAGGAUGUAAUAGGAACCAGUGCCCUGUCGAUACCAGGAUAAUCACAAUCGGAGAGACAAUAGACGAAAGCUUAGAGGUGGGAAACAGCCCUGUCUAUGAGAAUGGCUUCUUCCAGGAGGCGUCUAGUAUACACCCUGCACACACUGAGAAACACCAAAUUGUGGACAAGCCACAUAAAUGCCUGGAGUGUGGAAAACGCUUUCAUAAAAAAAGAAACCUCCGUAGACACCGAAAAAUCCACACUGGAGAGAAACCAUAUAAAUGCCUGGAGUGUGGAAAAUGCUAUACUCAGAAAUGUAACCUUCGUAGGCACCAAAAAACCCACAUAGGAGAGAAACCAUAUAAAUGCUUGAAGUGUGGAAAAGGCUUUGUUUCAAGUAAAAAUCUCAUUAGCCACGAUCUGAGUCACAGUGCAGAAAAACCCCAUAAAUGUCUGGAGUGUGGGAAAAGUUUCACUGAAAAGAGAAGUCUUCUUAGACAUGAAAUGAAUCACGGAGGAGAGAAAUCCUAUACAUGUCUGGAGUGUGGAAAAUGCUUCUUUUUUAAGUAUACACUAAAACUGCACCAAAACACCCACAUAGGAGAGAAACCAUAUAAAUGCCUGGAGUGUGGAAAAUGCUUCUCUUGUAAACAACACCUCCACAGACACGAAAAUACCCAUACACACCAGAAGCUAUAUACAUGCCUGGAAUGUGGGAAGGGUUUUUAUGUAAAGAAAAGUCUUAUUAGACAUGAAAUGAAUCACAGAGGAGAGAAACCCUACAAAUGCCUGGAAUGUGGGAAGGGCUUCUGUUGGGAAAACAGCCUAAAGCUGCACCAAAACACCCACAUAGGAGAGAAGCCAUUUAAAUGCCUGGAGUGUGAAAAAUGUUUUUUUCAGAAGGGACAGCUCAACAGACACAAAAGAACCCACAUACAAGAAAAGCCAUAUGAAUGCCUGGAGUGUGGAAAAGGUUUUUCUGAUAAGAGAAGCUUUAUUGGACAUGAAAUGAAACACAGAGGAGAGAAACCCUACAAAUGCCUGGAGUGCGGGAAGAGUUUCUGUUGGAAAAGGAACCUAAAGCUGCACCAAUACACCCACGUAGGACAGAAACCAUAUAAAUGCCUGGAGUGUGGAAAAUACUUCUCUCAAAAAGGAGAACUCAACAAACACCAAAAAACCCAUACGGGAGAGAAGCCAUAUAAAUGCCUGGAGUGUGGAAAAGGUUUCUUUCAGAAAGGACACCUCAACCGACACGAAGGAACCCACACACACGAAAAACCAUAUAAAUGCCUGGAGUGUGGAAAAGGUUAUUCUGAUAAGAGAGCUCUUACUGGACAUGAAAUGAGACACAGAGGAGAGAAACCCUACAAAUGCCUGGAGUGCGGGAAGAGUUUCUGUUGGAAAAGGAACCUAAAGCUUCACCAAAACACCCACAUAGAAGAGAAGCCAUAUAACUGCUUGGAAGGUGAAAAACCCUACAAAUGUUUGGAGUAUGGGAAGAAUUAUAUUCUUAAAUCCACUCUUACAGCUCACCAGAAGAGUCAUACAGGAGAGUUUGGGAAGAGUUUUAGCUACAAAUCAGAUCUCAAAAAUGUCCAGGAUAGUUAUAUAGAAGUCAAAAUUGAAGACAUGUCUGUAGUGAAGGAAGAGCUUCCAUAGGAGAGAGAGUUUUCUUAAAGCCCACGAAAAACCCACAAGGAAGAGAAGUCAAAAAGCCUAGAAUAUGAUAAGAGCUUGAACUGCACAUCCAUCCACAAAGAUUAACCAAGUGUUCAUACAAAGAGAAAUUGUACAUAUUCCUGCCUUUUGGAAAGAAUUGAGUUGCAAAACAAGCUUCAAGAUAUACUAAAAAUCCAUACAGGAAAGAAGCCAUGGAAAUGCUUGCAGUGUGGUCAGGCCUUCACUCAGAAGAAAAAUCCCAUUGAUCAGGAAAUGAAUCUCAAGAGGAGAGAAGCCUCUAAAUGCUCCGAGGGUGGGAAGAGUUGUAUCCUCGAAUCAGGUCUCAAAACUCUCCUGGAGAGAAAACAUACACACACCAAGUGUGGGAAGGAUUCAGUUCUCAAUAGGCACCAGAAUACUCACACAAUGAAGGAAACAUGUGGACAGGAAAACUGCUCUCCCCUUUGUAUUGAUUCCCUCUUGCCUAGACUGACAGUUAGAAUCAUAGAAUCAUAGAGUUGGGAGAGACCUCAUGGGCCGUCCAGUCCAACCCCAUUCUGCCAAGAAACAGGAAGAUUGCAUUCAAAGUACCCCUGAUAUUUGGCCAUCCAGCCUCUGUUUAAAAACCUCCAAAGAAGGAGCCUCCACCACACUCUGGGGCAGAGAGUUCCACUGCUGAACGGCUCUCACAGUCAGGAAGUUCUUCCUCGUGUUCAGAUGGAAUCUCCUUUUUAUCUUGGACCUUUUCUUGGCAUACUUUAAGGGAGAAUCUGGCAGGUUCGGCCCAGUCCUGGCCUUGUGGCCCUGUUAUUGCUUCACUGGUUGAGAUGAUGUGGUUUCCACACUGGUUUCCUCCUUUUCAGCUCUUUUUUGCUUGUUUUAGAAAAUUCACUGAAAUGUGCUCAGUUUUUUGUAUUCUUUUGUAAAUGCUCAGAGAGAAAUAAAGGCAUCUUAUGGCCUCA